AUGGUGGGGAAAACUGGAGAACAUGCCUAUGCUGGAAUAGCUUCAGGUGAAGAAGGAGAUGAACCUAUCGAUACGAUGGAGAUUGAAGUGUCCUCUGCUAAAGAUGUUAGACAGAAGACUAUGCCUCACACCCCUCUCAAAAGUCCUGGACCCAAAAGAGUGAAAGCAGUACAGGAAAGUGAUGAUAUUUCCACUAGCGUUCUGUACGCCGCCAUCCAAAGCCUCAGUCGUAAAUUCGAUGAAAAUUCUGAAUACAUUCGUGCCUUUGAAUUCCAACUGAAAGUGAACACUGAUGCAAUUGUCAAAAUUUCCGAGUCUCUGGAUGCCAAUACGACGGCGUUGAAAGGUGUUAAGGAGGAUGUGGUUAAUUUGAAAUCACAGGUAACGCACUUACAGAAGGAAAACGAAGUGUUGAAACAGAAAUGUGUGGAGCAUGACCGAUACAAACGCAGGUGGUGUUUGAGGCUAAAUGGAGUUCCAGAAAGAGAAGAUGAGGAUGUCGGAAGUGUCGUGAUUGAUAUCUCGUCUCAGAUUGUCCCUCACUCUCCAGAACAACUGCAGAAUACUGUGGACACAGUUCAUCGCCUUGGCAAAAAAGUGAAGGGUGCAAGACCGCGGCAAAUCAUCAUUCAGUUUGGCAUGAGAUUUGUACGUGACAUGGUUUGGAGAAUGUCAAAGAAUGCACCGGUCUGCAUGGAGAAAAAAAUUCGUUUUAGAGAGGAUUUUUGCAAGGACGACCGGGAGGCUCAUGCUCGUCUAUGGCCUAAAGUUGAGGAGGCAAGAAAGAAAAACUUGAAAGCAUACCUUCACGACGGAUAUGCAGUGAUUAAUGAAGAUGGCCAACAUGAUAGGAACAGUCACACCAUUCCUCGAUUAGAUGAUCUUUUUGCAACAUUGUCAGGAGGGCAGAAGUUCACCAAAUUGGAUAUGAGUCACGCUUACCAUCAGAUUGCAUUAGAUGCAGAGUCCAAGAAAUAUGUCACAGUGAAUACCCAUAAGGGGCUGUUUACUUACCGUGUGUUACCCUUUGGAGUUUCUUCUAGUCCUGCUAUCUUCCAAAGGACCAUUGAGGGAGUACUGCAAGGUCUUCCUUAUGUGGCAGUUUUCCUGGAUGACAUCUUGGUGACCGGUAGCAAUGAUGGCGAGCAUCUCCAAACGCUGGCUAGGGUAUUGGAAAGGUUGCAGGAAGCAGGAUUGCGUUUGAAACGGAGUAAAUGUACUUUCAUGGAAAAAGAGGUAAUGUUCUUGGGUCAUAAAGUUGAUGAGACUGGCCUACACCCAGUACCCGAAAAAGUGACUGCUAUUCAAAGUGAUCCCUCGCCAAAUACUGUGACUGAGUUGAAGGCCUAUUUGGGACUGUUAAACUACUAUAAAAAAUUGCCCAACUUGUCUACUGUUUUAGCCCCAGUGCACAAGAUGCUGCGAAAGGAGACAAAAUGGCACUGGGGUGGAGAACAAGAAGAUGCCUUUGUUCAGUCUAAAAAAAUGCUCCAAUCAGUAGAAGUUCUGGUCCAUUAUGACCCCCAGAAGGAUGUGAUGUUAUCAUGUGAUGCUUCUCCUUAUGGCUUAGGUGCAGUUCUUUCUCAUAAGAUGCCAGAUGGUAGUGAAAGACCCAUUGGAUUUAUGUCACGGACAUUGAAACAAGCUGAGCGGAAUUAUUCGCAGUUGGACAAGGAAGGAUUGGCUGUAAUGUUUGGCUUGCAACGCUUCCAUAAGUAUUUGUAUGGUCGGAAGUUUACCAUCGUUACAGAUCAUAAACCCUUGUUGUCUUUGUUUAACGAGUUAAAAUCUGUUCCCCAAAUGUCAUCUCCUAGGAUCCAGCGAUGGGCUGUAACAUUAAGAGCAUAUGAAUACAACAUUAUCUACAAACCUGGCAAGGAUCAUGCAAAUGCAGAUGCUCUAAGUCGGUUACCCUUGCCAACUGAAUCGGUCCCAGAACAGGAGGAAAGAGUACUAAUGCUGGAGAAUGCAGACAUAACCUUGAUUACAGCAGAACAGGUGAGAAGUUGGACACAAAAAGAUCCGGUAUUAUCCAGAGUGAGAGAAAUGGUGCAACGAGGAUUGCUGCAGGAAAAAAUAGGAGCAGAGUUUGACCCAUUCACAUCAAGAAAAGAUGAAUUAAGUGUACAGGAUGGUUGUGUGCUUUGGGGGGCUCGCGUAAUCAUUCCCAGUGUGGGUAGAUCAGAAGUCCUGAACCAGCUGCAUCAGUGUCAUCCUGGAGUGUCUAGGAUGAAAGCGUUAGCCCGAAGUUAUGUGUGGUGGCCAAAGAUGGACCAGGAUGUGGAAAGUGGGAGCUUUCGAAAAGAAGAUGGCCAACAUGGUAGGAACAGUCACACCAUUCCUCGAUUAGAUGAUCUUUUUGCAACAUUGUCAGGAGGGCAGAAGUUCACCAAAUUGGAUAUGAGUCACGCUUACCAUCAGAUUGCAUUAGAUGCAGAGUCCAAGAAAUAUGUCACAGUGAAUACCCAUAAGGGGCUGUUUACUUACCGUGUGUUACCCUUUGGAGUUUCUUCUAGUCCUGCUAUCUUCCAAAGGACCAUUGAGGGAGUACUGCAAGGUCUUCCUUAUGUGGCAGUUUUCCUGGAUGACAUCUUGGUGACCGGUAGCAAUGAUGGCGAGCAUCUCCAAACGCUGCCUAGGGUAUUGGAAAGGUUGCAGGAAGCAGGAUUGCGUUUGAAACGGAGUAAAUGUACUUUCAUGGAAAAAGAGGUAAUGUUCUUGGGUCAUAAAGUUGAUGAGACUGGCCUACACCCAGUACCCGAAAAAGUGACUGCUAUUCAAAGUGCUCCCUCGCCAAAUACUGUGACUGAGUUGAAGGCCUAUUUGGGACUGUUAAACUACUAUAACAAAUUGCCCAACUUGUCUACUGUUUUAGCCCCAGUGCACAAGAUGCUGCGAAAGGAGACAAAAUGGCACUGGGGUGGGGAACAAGAAGCUGCCUUUGUUCAGUCUAAAAAAAUGCUCCAAUCAGUAAAAGUUCUGGUCCAUUAUGACCCCCAGAAGGAUAUGUUGUUAUCAUGUGAUGCUUCUCCUUAUGGCUUAGGUGCAGUUCUUUCUCAUAAGAUGCCAGAUGGUAGUGAAAGACCCAUUGGAUUUAUGUCACGGACAUUGAAACAAGCUGAGCGGAAUUAUUCGCAGUUGGACAAGGAAGGAUUGGCUGUAAUGUUUGGCUUACAACGCUUCCAUAAGUAUUUGUAUGGUCGGAAGUUUACCAUCGUUACAGAUCAUAAACCCUUGUUGUCUUUGUUUAACGAGUUAAAAUCUGUUCCCCAAAUGUCAUCUCCUAGGAUCCAGCGAUGGGCUGUAACAUUAAGAGCAUAUGAAUACAACAUUAUCUACAAACCUGGCAAAGAUCAUGCAAAUGCAGAUGCUCUAAGUCGGUUACCCUUGCCAACUGAAUCGGUCCCGGAACAGGAGGAAAGAGUACUAAUGCUGGAGAAUGCAGACAUAACCUUGAUUACAGCAGAACAGGUGAGAAGUUGGACACAAAAAGAUCCGGUAUUAUCCAGAGUGAGAGAAAUGGUGCAACGAGGAUUGCUGCAGGAAAAAAUAGGAGCAGAGUUUGACCCAUUCACAUCAAGAAAAGAUGAAUUAAGUGUACAGGAUGGUUGUGUGCUUUGGGGGGCUCGCGUAAUCAUUCCCAGUGUGGGUAGAUCAGAAGUCCUGAACCAGCUGCAUCAGUGUCAUCCCGGAGUGUCUAGGAUGAAAGCGUUAGCCCGAAGUUAUGUGUGGUGGCCAAAGAUGGACCAGGAUGUGGAAAGAGUAGGCUCUGGCUGGCACAUGCGGUUCUCUCCCUCUGAGCGGACAGGAGAAACGCGCCUCCCCUUCCUCAGUGAGCAAUUUAAUGUGGUUACCUGCGUGGUGGACAAACUAUCCCCCCCCGUGAGCCGCUACCCUUCUUCACGGACCUCCACCAAGAGGUUUCGAGGUCCUGGAAGCCUUAAUCAGCGCACGUUAUGA